GCAUCGCUGUGCCAGCAGAUGUUCUCUCUGCGCCUCCACUCGCUCCGAUCUCUCCUGACCGAGCGAACCUCUUCCCACUGCAAAGUGAGCGGAAAGUGUGCGCUUGUGUGCGCGGACCACUGAGGACGGGGAGACCGACACCGAGCCCGGACCCACACGCCGCACCGCGCGGAGCCCCAAACGCCGACGAGGCAGUUCUCAGUCACCUGUGAUGUUCUGAACGACGAAGACGCGCCGCCUGGAUGCAGAUGGCCGCGGAGCGACCGGAGGAUAUGUGCUGAGGAAGAGACUUGAGCUGAAAAAGUGCUACAUCCGCUUUUCCUGGGCGAAGCCUGCCACUUCAAACUUGGUGAUUUAAUCAGAAGAACACGCGAAGAUGCCCUCACUUCUGGGCCCCUUUGUCCGCGCCACGCUCCUCGCGCUUUGGCUCAUCGCUUCUAGCUUCACGUGCACCGGUUCGGAGCACGCCGCCACCGCAUCACUCCCCGCUGCCUUCUCCGACUUGCUGCCUCACUUCCUGGUGGAACCGGAGGAUGAGUUCAUUGUGAAAAACAAGCCGGUGAUGCUGACCUGCCGCUCCACUCCGGCCACGCAGAUCUACUUCAAGUGCAACGGCGAGUGGGUUCACCAAGACGACCAUCUGAUUGAGAGGACGGUGGAUCCGGCCACAGCACUGCCAGUCAUGCAGGUGACAAUCGAGAUCACCAGACAGCAGGUGGAGAAGGUCUUCGGCCUGGAUGAGUACUGGUGCCAGUGUGUAGCCUGGAGCACCACCGGGACCCAGAAAAGCCAAAAGUCCUACAUCAGGAUAGCCUACUUGAGAAAGAACUUCGAGGAGGAGCCUCAAGGCAGAGAGGUGGCGCUGGACCAGGAAGUGCUGCUUCGCUGUCAUCCCCCCGAAGGCGUCCCACAAGCCGAGGUGGAGUGGCAAAGAAACGAGGACUUGAUCGACCCAGGGAGUGACCCCAAUUUCUUUCUCACGGCCGACCACAAUCUGGUCAUCAAGAAGGCCCGGCUAGCGGACACGGGCAACUACACCUGUGUCGCCAAGAACAUUGUGGCGCGCCGCAAGAGCAACUCGGCGACGGUCCUGGUUUAUGUCAACGGAGGCUGGUCCACUUGGACCACCUGGUCGUCCUGCAGCGCCGUGUGUGGGCGGGGCUGGCAGAAGAGGAGUCGGAGCUGCACCAACCCCACGCCACUGAACGGAGGCACAUCGUGCGAGGGGCAGAACGUCCAGAAAAGUGCCUGUGUGGCCACCUGUCCAGUGGACGGAGGCUGGACUGAAUGGAGUAAGUGGUCGCCGUGCGGUGCGGACUGUUCCAUGUGGAGGAGCCGGGAGUGCACUCAGCCUUCACCUGGCACCGGGGGCAAGGAUUGCCAAGGACUCGACCUUCAGUCGCUCAACUGCACCAGCGAGCAAUGCCCACAGAUGGUGAGUGGGGCGGAGGACGUGGCCCUCUACGUGGGCAUGGUGGCCGUGGCCCUGUGUCUCACUCUGCUGCUCAUCAUUGUGGUCCUGGUCUACCGACGCAAGAAAGAAGGCCUGGAUGCUGAUGUGGCCGACUCCUCCAUCCUCACCACUGGCUUCCAGCCCAUGGGCAUCAAGCCCAGCAAGCCAGGUGUGUGGGCACCGCGGCCACGCAGGCCCCCCACCCACAGCAAGAAUUCUCAUUUGCUCACCAUCCAGCCGGAUCUCACCACCACGACCACCAGCUACCAAGGUACCCUGCGCUCCCGCCACGACGCCACCGGCAAGUUCACGCUCACCAAUGGCCCUUUGCUGGACCCUCUUCCCAAUGGCUCCCACACCCUGCACAAUGGCAAGCUCAACCCUGACCCCUCGGACUUCAUGAGCAGACUGUCCACUCAAAGCUACUUCAAGACUCUCCCACGCGACGUGGCCAACACAUCCUAUGGGACUUUCAAUUUCCUUGGAGGGAGACUGACGAUACCCAACACAGGAGUCAGCAUGCUCAUCCCUCCAGAGGCCAUCCCCAGAGGGAAGAUCUAUGAAAUUUAUCUCACUGUUCAGCGAAAGGAAGACUUGAGGUUACCGCUGGCCGGCUGCCAGACCCUUCUCAGCCCCGUGGUAAGUUGUGGCCCUCCAGGGGUGGUCCUGAGCCGGCCAGUUAUCCUCAGCAUGGACCAAUGCUCCGACGCAUGCCUCGAUAACUGGGCCAUCCGCCUCAAGAAGCAGAGCUAUGAGGGCACUUGGGAGGAUGUCCUGCUGAUGGGGGAGGAGCUGGUGUCAGAGCCCUAUUACUGCCAGCUGGAGGCUGAGACGUGCCAGCUGUUCACCGAACAACUGGGCACCUUUGCCUUGGUGGGCGAGUCCCUGCACAUGGGUGCUGCCAAGCGCUUGCGGCUGGUGCUCUUCUCCGACGCGUACUGCUCCACGCUGGAAUACAAUAUCAGAGUCUACUGCAUGGACGACACCCAGGACGUCUUCAAGGAGGUGAUGCAGAUGGAAAGGCAGCUCGGGGGACGGCUGAUUGACGAGCCUCACGUCCUUCUUUUCAAAGACAGCUACCACAACCUGCGCCUGUCCAUCCAUGACAUGCCCCAGGCGCACUGGAGGAGCAAGCUGCUAGCCGGCUACCAGGAGAUCCCGUUCUACCACAUCUGGAACGGCUCCCAGCGGUACCUUCACUGCACGUUCACCCUGGAGCGGCUCAGCCUCAGCACCUGUGAGCUGUCUUGCCAGCUGUGUGUGUGGCAGGUGGAGGGGGAGGGACAGAGCAUUAGCCUCGACUUCAACAUCGCCAAGGACACCCGAGCUGUGGACUCUGAGUUCCUGCUCAUGGACACCAACGCCACAGCUCUAGCAGGGCCCAGCGCCUUCCAGAUUCCAUACCUCAUACGGCAGAAGAUCUGCAGCAGCCUGGAUGCCCCGUGUCCCAAUGGAGCCGACUGGAGGAUGCUGGCGCAAAGACUGAAGCUUGAAAGACACAUGAGUUUCUUCGCCUCCAAGUCCAGCCCCACCUCUGUGAUCCUGGACCUUUGGGAGGCCCAACAUUUCCACAGCGGCAACAUCAACCAGCUGGCGACGGUGAUGGCCGACAUCGGCAAACAGGAAGCCAUGAUCUUCCUGGUGUCCGACGGCGAGUGCUAACAGAGCGGAAGAGGCGGGACCAUGUUAACAAUAACUGAAGAGCAGAAGCUUCAUCCUUUAUCUUCAUUUAAGGAGCCCAACCAAGCGCAAGGGAAGCUUCCACUAUCUGAACAUCCUGUUGCAUCACUGGUCAGUGAACGCCCCGUCACACCCACUACCAAACCAGGUCCUGCGUGACUCGUCGCCCCCUGUCGGUCCAACUGGCAUCAGCACUGUGAAUGUAGCGUCUUGACAUCCUGGUCCAGCGAGACUCUUCACAGCUUUAAAAUCAAUCCAUGUGGGUUUGAAAUCUUUUUUCAACUCCGACUCCAGUGAGUCAUAUCUGGACUCGAGCGGAGCCCUAUCGAUCCGGAGACGUUACCUAAUGUGAAACCACGCCGCCGACCCAAGGAGGCGGCCUCACGAGCACGGCGCCCAGUCCAAUUCCAAUAUUAUUAUUAUCACUAAGGGGAUAAAUAAUGUAGGGAUCCAAGACCUUUUGUCCCAGUGUUGUGCUGCUGCUGCGUUGUAUCAUUCAUGUUGGUGGGACUUGAGUUUGUUGUGUUCCAGCUCAGUGGCUUGUUCAUGAUUUCACUUCUGCUGUUUGUGUGGUUGGGGAUGCGAGGAUGGUCCGGAGUGUUCUCACUCUCUUAUGAUAGUUGCCGUCACCAUGCGCCUGAACAGGUCCAAUCUCAAGUUAGCCAUAGUUCUCUGUCCUCCUCAGGGUUGCAUGUUAAGUUGUGUGUCGACAACCCCCCUCCGAUCCCCCCACCCCCCUUUUUUUUUGUUUCCUCCACUUAGCUCGACCUUUUACGAUUGUCAGAUAUUUGGAAUGUAAAUUGCUUUCAUUUUGAGGUGUGCAAAUGUUAUUCCUUUUUUAAAAUCUUUUUAAAAGUGAUUUAAAAAGCAUCUGUACUGUUCUACGUAGAGAUGCUUCUUAACGGUUCCAAACCACUUUUUAAGUCGCCUUCGGAAAAGCGCCCCUUUCAAACUAAAACGGUGACGUCACCUUAAAUCUUCUCUUGUAAAUAGCUUUUCUAUACAAGCCAUGUGCUGACACGUGACAUUCUGUACAUCUGCGCCGUUGGUAACCAAAGUUUUCUGGAUUUUCUGGUUGGAGGCCACUCACUCGUCCGUCAGCACAGCGGCCUCCUCGUCUCUCGCAAGUCGUCACUUCGCUUUUGGUCCGUGGUGCAUUUUCAUGCCGUCAGUUGAAGCUGUGUCUCACUUUGUAAAGAAAUGUAAAUUAUAUUUUAAUAUGAAGCCAAAAAAACGACAGCUAACUAGCGCAACAUUUGUCAAGUCUAACUGGUGAUGUGUUUGCCUAUAUACUGUUCUUCGACGAUAGCGGUCCAGACUUUCCUGCAGUGUUAAGGGUUUAGAGGCAGUUUUAUAGGAUAUUUCUCGACAUAUUUGAUUUGUCCUGCACAGGUCCACGCGUCUUCUUUUCUGUGUCCGUAAGCAUUUCAAGUUCAAGUGACUCACGACUGCACAGGCGCUGUCGGACGCUGACAGGCCGCUGUUGACGCAGCGUGUUGGGAUGAGUGGUGGCACUUGGACCGUCGGACCCUGUGAGGUUUUAUCACCCUGUCGUCGUCUUGGACGUGGUGUCGGAGCGCGUUUGGCUAACUCACCAGCUGCCACCACGUCUAACUGGGAUCUGUCCGUCAUAAUCGGCGGUGGCUGUGUGGCGGCCGCUCGCUCCCAGACGACGUCCGUCACGUACCUGCUUUGUUCCCGCGAAUCAUUUGUUCAUUCAUCUUCUGUCAAAUCCAAAGUGGGAAGUUUUGUUUUUCCAAAGUCUAACAACGUGGAUGGAAAUAAUUCAAAAAGAAAAACAGGCUUGUUUUAGAAGCUAAAUAAAACACUGGAAAAAAUGAGGGACAAAGGUUUGUAGGGAGCCCAGAGCAACUGAAGUGAUGGUUUUUUUAACUGCUGCUUUUUCAUCAUUACAAUUACAAAGUUACACAAAUACAGAUGACUUGUAUAAACAAGUAAACAAAAUCUGCCUGUUUUUUUUUUUCCAAAUAACAAACAAGGACAUCUAAUCUAAUCUAAAACAAUUCAUGCCGAAUGGACCUUUUUUUUUUUUUUUCCCAAAACUUUAGGACCCACCCACCCCACAUUUUCACAAGACGUUUCCCAAGCCAUGCUUUCAGGCCCAUCAAUAACAUAUAACCCCGCUUUUUGGAAAAUGUGUUGUAAGUCGAAAAUAGAUAAGUAAAUAAAAAAAAAAAAAAAAUUAUUUUAAUCACUCAAAAAGUCACAAAACAAAACAUACAAAGUAAUGUAAAUUUAGCGUUUACGUUAAAUUCCAUCAAAAGUGACAACUUGAAUUUUAUUUUGGAACCUUUUUCUCCAAAUUUUGUUGGUUAAAAAUAUUUACGACUAUCAUUUUAUUCUACUAAAAAUAAAAUAUGUUGUGUUUUUUAAUUCAAUGAGAAUUUGAUUUUUUUUAUUGAUUGAAUAAAAACACCCACAAAAAUGGUCUACUAGCCCAGAGAAUUAUUUUUUCAUUUUUUUACACUGUAUUUAAAGUAUUUUUGUGACAUCUAACUCUACAUAAAUGCCAACUUGCGUGUUUUUCUUCAGUAGUGACCUACAGAGAGCAGUUUAAAUGUGCUCAGAAUAGCCAACUUAUUUAGUCCACGAAUCCCAUGUUGUCGCAACACAAAAGCAGUUGAACAUCUUGACCCCGAAACUGCUGUGUGCUUUGUUUUGAUUUUAGCUUCUUCUUUAGUUUCAGUCAAGGUGGAAUAUAAAUAUCAUUAUCACUUUUUACUGGGUUAACUUGUACAUCAAGGUCCAGCGACACAGCAUUUAGUAGCACCAAACAUAAAUCGCUGUAUAAAACUGAAGCUGUCAUGUGGCAGUUCAGCUGCCAAUAGGUCAAACAAAUGCAAGGGUGUGAAUGAUGCAGGAUAAAACACCUAACACAGUUGUGUGUGUGUGUGAGAAACCGCCUCAUUAUGCAGCUCACUGCUGUCCAUUGACGUUCAUUGUCUUAUUUACACCCGAGCGAGGAAUGAACAAGUGAUUCGGAUGAACCUUAGUGGGCAUUUUUCACCACUCUUGUGUUUGUGUCACUGACUGAAAUGUGUUCUGUUUCGGAAUAGACUCCUGUACUGGUGUGUGGUUUUCACUCCCCUCAGUCAAUGUUCCUUGCCUUUCUGCAAGUCAAAAAUGCUGUAUUUAUUACAUGCCACAGCGCUUAUGCAAUUGUAUAACCCCCGGUUUCUUUGGUCGGUUUUCCCUCUCGUGUUCCUUAUCGUCGAUGUAAAUUGUUGUCGUGGCGAUGGAGAAACUUCUGCGGAGGGAGGCUUUCUGUACUCUUUUGGACAAUGAUAUGGAUUUGUGGGUAGAAUUUUGGAAAUUCGUUUCUAAGUGCUUUCAAGUAUUUACUUGGCCUUAUGUAUAUAUAUAUCUAUGACAUUUCAGAAAGGUAUGUAUAUUAAUUCAACCUGAAAUUGUUGUAAAUAAAUUAUAUAUUGUUAAAUCC